AUGGACAGCACCCCACCGCCAAAAGAUAUUCGACAUCCAAAAGACAAUACAAAGGAGGUAUACAUACGUUUGAAGUCUCUUGUCGAUCGCAUUAAAAGUGAAUGUGAGAUUGAAGACAUCGACAACACUGACCAGACUUUAUUAAGUCUUGUUGACGAGCUUGAGGCUCUGUACAAUGUAGUCAGACUACGUUCACAAGUCUCUCAAAAGUCCGAACUCCGUCGGUGCACAAAGUUAAAUUCUCCUCGCAAGUCUAAAAAAUCAGAAAACGUUAUUCAAAAUGUUAUUCGAACUCAAGACGACUCUCUCCCACAAAGUGUUGACAACACCACUACGAACACACCGAACACCACACACAAGACUAUUUCAGUGACAGAUAUCAACGCGCCAUGUGGUAUGCCUCAAAGUGACAAAAAUGUUAUUCAAAAUGUUAUUAUGAGUUGCGAGUUGCAAGAAGAAACAAAAGAAGAAGUCACCGGCACAUGCGAGCGGUGUGUGUUUGUUGGCGAUGAGAAUUCUGGGAAGACGCGAUUGAUACUUUCAUAUAACACAGAGAGGUACCCGCCACACGAGUUUGAUAAAGUCGACGAUCUGACGUUCUCGACGAUCAACACGAAGAAUGGGCCAACGAAAAUUACCGUGGCAAAUGCGAUGGAAAAUAAAGAACUUGUUGCGAUGAGGAACAUCUUGUAUGCGUCCGCGAAGAGUGUUGUCAUCUGUUUUUCUAUGGGAAGUCAAGAGUCGUAUGAUGACGUAAUCAACUUCUGGUUGCCAGAAGUGCGAAACGCGAAAGAAGGUCUUCCUAUCAUAUUGUGUGGAACGGCGAGUGAGACUACUGUUGUUGCAGAAAAGGAAGUGGAAGAAAUCGUAAAAAAAGAAAACAUUUUCAGGUUUGUCCAGUGCAAUUUUAUGACGGGAGAAAACGUUAAAGAGCUCUUCGAAACUAUUGGAAAUAGUUUUGAAGCACAACAACAAAACGCUUGUGUUAUUUGUUGA